CGCUAACUCCUCAACAAAACCACACAAAUUGGCAAAACAGGGCAUUGCGCUCUAUAUAUACAAAAUGGCAGAACCAGAGGAAACCUGGGAAGGCGGCUUUGACCCCCUCGCCGACCCCGAGGAGCGCAGGGUGCUUUUUGCGACGCUGGAUUCGUUCAGACAAUAUCGCAGAACCGCCCACCAGAAUACCACUCACCGUCGCCGACAAGCCUUCUACGCCCUCCCUUCCGCCCACUGGCAGAUGCUCGCGGAGCCCCCAUUCUCCAUACUCGACCACUUUUCGCACGUUGACGACGCCAUUGACACGAAUGCGGAUAUUGCAGAUGCGAUUCUGAGCGUUGGACUGGCUUCGUUUGGUCUUCCCGCGUCUCCUUCCGCUGGCGAACCUCGGACGAAUUGGCACGGUACGGCGAAUUCCUCGGACGUGAACAAGGCGCAUUCUACAAUCAGGCAGUUUUAUCGGGAUUGGAGUACGGAAGGGAAGCGGGAACGAUAUGUGUGCUAUGGGCCGGUUCUCAAGGCAUUGCGCGAGGAAUUUGGGGAUAAACCACAGCGGAAUGAGGAAGACGAGGUUAAGGUGCUGGUCCCCGGGGCAGGCCUGGGUCGGCUAGUCUUUGACCUCUGUCAGGGAGGGUACGCUGCAGAGGGCAACGAGAUCUCCUAUCACCAGCUCAUUGCCAGCAACUGGAUCCUGAACCACACGGCCGGACCUCAGCAGCACACUCUCCACCCGUUCGCUUUACAUUUCUCGAACCUGCAGUCACGCGAGCAGCAGCUUCGCCAGGUCCAAAUCCCCGACGUGCAUCCGGGAAUGUCGAUGUUGGAGAUCGCAAACAACCCGGACCCGAACGCUCAGUUCGGCACCAUGAGCAUGUCCGCCGCCGACUUUGUGGUUCUCUACAAAGGCGUAUCAAACCGGGAGUCUUUCGACGCCGUCGCGACAGUGUUCUUCAUCGACACAGCUCCCAAUCUCAUCCGCUAUAUCGAGGCCAUCCGCAACUGCCUGAAGCCGAACGGUGUCUGGAUCAACGUUGGCCCACUACUCUGGCAUUUCGAGGAGGGAAAGAAUCAUGAUGAACAGCAGCCGGAGGGCAUUGCGGAGCCAGGUAAUGUGGAGUUGACGGAAGAGGAGGUGUUUUGUUUGGUGGAGAAAAUGGGAUUCAAGUUGGAGAAGAGAACGGCACCGGAUGAAAGGGAGAUGUGUGGGUACAUCCAGGACCCGGAGAGUAUGUUGCAGAACCUGUAUAGGCCGUCGCAUUGGGUUGCGCGGAAGAAGUAGCAUUUUAUAUAUGGAGCAUACAUAGGUAUUAUACGAAUCGCAUUAUCCAUAGCAAGCGUGACUCCUGUCUCUGAUGUCAAGCAAUCCCUAC